UAUUAUUAAAAAUUGAUUUCUGAAUAAUGAGAGAUAAAGUAAGAAUUCUGUAAGGGACUGGAUAGGCGAUUCUCAGUUAUUCUGUUAUCCAUCGAAAAACUAAUGAAGAUAUACUUACAUCUCUUGUGCACAAAAGACAAUGAAGGUUACGCUCUCGAGAUGUGUUGUUAAACCUAAUAGACGAAAGAUUGAAUUACACCGCUUUUGCUUUAAACGGCUCAUAAUAAUAAGAAGUAUCUGGUUGGUGGCUCUUGCUCUAAUAACAAUGUCAAAGGCAGAGAAAAAUGUUGAAGCACUGCGUUCCGUUGUGGAAGGUGCAAAUCAAUUUAGUUCUUCAUUUUUCCAGACUGUGGUACAAGAUAAUCCUGGCAACCUUAUUAUGUCUCCUCUAAGUGCAGGUAUUGUUCUUGCUAUGGCUGCUUAUGGAGCUCGUGGAAACACAGAAGCCCAGUUUAGAAAUGUACUUCAUCUACCAACAUCACAGAGUCUUGCCACAUCUGGUUAUCAGUCACUUAUUGAUAAUCUCAAUAAUGUGAAAGACAAUAAAUUGGCUCUUGCAAAUAAAGUCUUCGUAGCUGCAAGUUUAAAUUUGAAACCAAGUUACAAAAAUUUAACAGAAGUUUACUUCCGCUCUGCUUCUCAAUUGGUAAACUUUGCUCAAAAUAAAGAAGCUGCAAAUAUUAUUAAUAGUUGGGUCGAACAAAAUACAAAUAAUCUCAUUAAAGAGCUUAUAAGUGCUGAAACGGUAAAUAGCAUGACAAGAUUAGUACUUGUCAAUGCAAUAUAUUUUAAAGGCCAAUGGAAAGAUAAGUUCGAUCCUAAAUCGACUAGCGACAUGCCAUUUCAUACUAGUAAAAGUGAAGUAAAAAAUGUUUCUACAAUGUAUAUACAAGGUAAAUACAAAUACGGAGAACUUCCAGAUUUAAAUGCUAAAUUUGUUGUAAUGCCAUACAAGGGUGACGAAUUGAGUAUGAUCAUAAUUCUUCCAAAUGAAAUUGAUGGUUUGCCUGAUGUUGAGAAAAAAUUACAAAGUACAAAUUUAACGAACAUUCUAAGUCAAGGACAUGAGGAAGAAGUGGAAUUAUGGUUACCAAAGUUCAAGGUGGAAAGUAUGCUCAAACUCAAUGAUGUCUUAAAAGAGAUGGGUUUGACUGAUGCGUUUUCUAAUGCUGAUUUUUCUGAGAUUGCUGAUGGUGAAAAUUUGUAUAUCAGUGAUGUUAUACAAAAGGCAUACAUUGAAGUGAAUGAAGAAGGAAGUGAAGCUGCUGCUGCUAGUGGUUUACUUAUGAUGGAGAAAAUGGCUCAUACUACAUGGGAGUUCAAAAUUAAUCGGCCAUUCUUUUAUUAUAUCAUAAAAACUAUGAACGAUGGAAAGGAAAAUGAUAUUAAUCUUCCAUUAUUCUGCGGUUCUGUAAACGAACCCAUAUAUAGAUGUAACUAUUUUCUAUGUAACAAGCAACACCCCGAAGAUGCUAUUUGGGAUCAUUUCCAACCAGACACUCAACAACUACAGUACCACAGUUUUUUAGCAAUAAGUAGUAUCUGGUUGGUGGGUCUUGUCCUAAUAACAAUGUCAGAAGCAGUGAAAAAUGUUGAAGCUCUGCGCUCCGUUGUGGAAGGUGCAAAUCAAUUUAGUUCUUCAUUUUUCCAGACUGUGGUACAACACAAUCCUGGCAACCUUGUAACGUCCCCUUUAAGUGCAAGUAUCGUUCUUGCUAUGACAGCUUUUGGAGCUCGUGGAAACACAGAAGCCCAGUUUAUAAACGUACUUCAUCUGCCAACUUCAGAGAGUCUUGCCACAUCUGGUUAUCAGUCACUUAUUGAUAAUCUCAACAAUGUGAAAGGCAAUAAAUUGGCUGUUGCAAAUAAAGUCUUCGUAGCUGCAAGUUUAAAUUUGAAACCAAGUUACAAAAAUUUAACUGAAGUUUAUUUCCGCUCUUCUUCUCAAUUAGUAAACUUUGCUGAAAGUCAGGAAGCUGCAAAUAUUAUUAAUAGUUGGGCUGAACAAAAUACAAAUAAUCUCAUUAAAGAGCUUGUAACUGCUGCAAUGCUAAGUGAUUUGACAAAGUUAGUACUUGUAAAUGCAGUAUAUUUUAAAGGCCAAUGGAAAGAUAAGUUCGAUCCUAAAUCGACUAGCGACAUGCCAUUUCAUACUAGUAAAGUUGAAGUAAAAAAUGUUCCUACAAUGUAUAGACGAGGUAAAUACAAAUAUGGAGAUCUUGUAGAUUUAAAUGCUAAAUUCGCUGUAAUACCAUACAAGGGUGACGAAUUGAGUAUGAUCAUAAUUCUUCCAAAUGAAAUUGAUAGUUUGUCUGAUGUUGAGAAAAAAUUGCAAAAUACAAGUUUAACGAACAUUCUAAGUCAAGGAUAUGUGCAAGAAAUGGAAUUAUGGUUACCAAAGUUCAAGGUGGAAAGUAACAUAGAUCUUAGGAAUCUCUUAAUAGAGAUGGGUUUGAGUGAUGCGUUUGCUGGUGCUGAUUUUUCUGGGAUUGCUGAUGGUGAAGGUUUAUGUAUCAGUCAUGUUAUACAAAAGGCAUACAUUGAAGUGAAUGAAGAAGGAAGUGAAGCUGUUGCUGUUACUCGUCGCGUUGUAAUCAAGAGAAAGGGUGGUUAUAUAUAUAUAUAAGGAAGUUCCUAAUUAAUCAGCCAUUCUUUUAUUAUAUCGUAAAAACUAUGAAUGAUGAUAAGGAAAAUGAUAUUAACCUACCAUUAUUCUGUGGUUUUGUUAGAGAACCCAAAAUCUAAGAACAGCAGUGCCAUAAUAGUAAUAUCAUAGUAAUGUAAUAAUUAAUUCUUGUGCUCCGCAAUUAUAAGCUUUUCAACAAUACCUUGUCUGACAAUAAAUGUGUUGCACUCA